AUGUCCUCAGAAAUUCCCAUUCCUGAUACACGCGUCCUGGCCGUCGCCAGUCACGUUGUGUCUGGAAACGUAGGAAACAAAAUCGCAGUGUUCACGCUGCAGUCCCUCGGCUGCGAUGUCGCGGCCCUCAACACCGUUCAGUUCAGCAACCACACCGGCUACAGACAAUGGAAGGGCACCAAGGUGUCCGCGCAGGAGAUCCGGGACCUCUUCGAGGGCCUCAAGCAGUCGUACCUUGACGACUUUGACAUGAUGCUCUCGGGCUACAUCCCGGGCGCCGAGGCCGUCGUGGCUGUGGGUGACAUCGCACAGGAGCUCAAGCGCAAGCGGGUCGCCGCGGGGACGCCAGGCGACUUCUUCUGGGUUCUGGACCCCGUCAUGGGCGACAACGGGAAGCUAUACGUCGCCGAGGAGGUUGUGCCCGCGUACCAGUCACUCAUCAAGCACGCGGACCUGAUUCUCCCGAACCAGUUUGAGGCCGAACUCCUCUCGGGCGUCAAGAUCACAGACAUGCAGACCCUCCAGACCGCCAUCCGCGCCUUGCACACGAAAUACCGCGUUCCCCACGUCGUCAUCACCUCCGUCUCCCUUGCCUCGCCCGACCACCCGCCCUCCCACCUCUCCGUCGUUGGCUCCAGCAUGUCGCCCGCCACCGGCGAGCCGCGCCUCUUCAAGAUCGUCUUUCCGGCCAUCGACGCCUACUUCUCCGGCACGGGCGACAUGUUCGCCGCGCUGAUGACGGUUCGCAUGCGCGAGGCCGUCAUCGCCGCCUCCGCGAGCGUGACAACCGGCCCCGCGGGCGGGGAGGGCCCGCUGAAGGACCGCGCGUCAUGGCUGAGCGGCGACAAUGUCGGCGCACUGGAGCUGCCUCUCGCCCGGGCGGCGGAGAUGGUGUUGGCGAGCAUGCACGAGGUGCUGACGCAGACGGCUCGGGGCAUGCACGAGGUCGUGCGGGCCGCCGGGGUGGAUGACACGACGGAGGAGGGGAAGCGGAGGUUGCACCUGCUCAAGAGCAAGAGCUCGGAGCUGAGGCUCGUGAGGAACCUGGCGAGCCUGAAGGCGCCGGUGGUGGAGUUCCGGGCGAAGAAGCUGUAG